CUCUGUGCUCGCUUGCUUCCCCCUGCGUGCUGGAUGGAUCUGUCUCAUCCACAUCGACUACACUUCCUGCGGCUGGGUAGGGCCUUGGCUCUGAUGGGAGAAUAGUUUGAUUUCUUCAGCUCAACACUCUCUCACCUCCUCAGACCUUUAGCUCCAUAUUCCUUUUGUGAAAACAUGGCGGACGACGAGUUAGAGGCGAUCCGGCGGCAGAGGAUGGCGGAACUUCAGGCCAAACACGGGGUGAGAGAGUCACCAUCAGCCGAGGAGCGUGCUAGCAGCCGCCACAGAGAAACUGACAUGAGGAACUCUAUUUUGGCCCAAGUUCUUGACCAGUUUGCCCGUGCCAGAUUAAGCAAUCUUGCUUUGGUGAAGCCAGAGAAGGCCAAAGCAGUUGAAAACUAUCUCAUUCAGAUGGCUCGUUUUGGAAAGUUGGGAGGAAAGAUUUCCGAGUCAGGCUUGAUUGAAAUCCUAGAAAAAGUCAGCCAGCAAACAGAGAAAAAAACGACUGUCAAAUUCAACAGACAGAGGGUGAUGGACUCAGAUGAUGAUGAUGAUUUCUAACUUUUUGGAGCCCUGGAACGAGCCAAGAAAUCUGGCAGAUACGCUUUACUUGGACUCGGAUAGCAUCUCUAAUCACCUUUUUGCUGUUAGCUAAAUCCUGGGAUGCUGUGGUUCUCUGGAAAAUACACACCAAGAGGAAAAAACAUGGACAUGAGGUUGACAUUGUGGCAUCAGUGGUGGGGGGUAGAAUACACACAGUGUCAAAUAAGGUUUUCUUUUGUGAUCUCUCUUCAGUCAAAUUGACACAAAUUUGCACUGCAUAUGUUGUACCCCUGACAACUCACAGCACUGUGACUCCUCUUGUUCUUCGUGGUAGUUACCCUUUUAUUUCUCCAUGGUUGAUUUCUGUUCUUCAAAUAUAAAAUGUUAGACAAAAUGCAAAACUCAGUUGAUGCAUUUUAUCAUGACUUUUCAUUUAAUACAAUAUAUUUUUGUCUAUUCAGGGCCAGCCCUGGAUGUUGCCCUUGGAUAUUUUCUUUUUGCUGACAUGUAUCUUGAACGUUUACAUAAAAAUAAAAGAAGCCUUAAAUUCA